UCAAAUUAGUCGCCUGGUGCUCGAAUAUAGUCAGUCAGUUUAUAGUGCGGAAUAUAGUCAGUUAUCCUAAUUAUUAUUUAUAAAUAAACACAGUUUUGUAAACAUGCCGGGUACAGGAAAUGAACUCGGCAGGCGCCAGAGUAUCCCUAUUCUUUAUACUAGAGGGACACAUUAUGAAGUAGGCUUCGAUGUGGGAAGGACUUUCGGUUCCUUGAUUGAAAGUUUCGUAAAUUCAUCUACAGCCCUAAAUCAAGAAUAUUUACCUGCUUACAAUACACCUGGAGGAAAGCAAGCCUACGAUGCAACUCUCAACAAUUUGAUUCAGAAUUAUCCACAAUAUAUUAAAGAAUUGGAAGGAAUUGCUGAUGGCUCGAAAGUUCCAUUCUAUAAGCUCUUCUUACUCCAUAUAGAUGACGUGAUACUUCCAACAGUACAUAAAGAAGGUUCGAAGCAGCCAACAGGAUGUUCUUCCAUUGCAAUCAAUUUAAAAGAUGAAGCAAUUCUUGGACAUACAGAAGAUGCUCUGAGUGAAACCCUAAACCAUUUUUAUUUUGUGUCUGCUCACAUAAUCUCAGAUAAGCCACAAGGAAGAUGGAACGUCAAAGAAGAAAAAUUUACCUCUUUAUGCUAUGCGGGUCAUUUGCCUGGAUAUACAAUGAAUUACAAUCAUCAUGGUUUAGUUUUUUCGAUAAACACAAUCAGUGCCAAAGAUGUCCAGCCAGGAAAAACACCACGCCAUUUUCUGACCAGGGCAAUGCUAGGAGCUGAAAAUUUUCUGCAGGUCCAGCAGAUUCUGCGGGAUACAGGAGUUGGUGCAGCAGAUGCGUGUUCAGUAAACAUGACCUUUUUACAGCAGGAAGGUGAUAGAGUGUUCCAUAAUAUCGAAAUCGGUCCAGCAAUCAAUUCUAGUGAAACACAACUCAGUGCCUUAACGAUAAGUUGUGGAGAACAUUUCUACCAUACCAAUGAAUUCCAAAGACUGAAAGAAAAUCAAGCAAAUCCAUUAAUGCUUCUCAGUAGUAAAUGCAGAUCUGAAACUUUCAAAAAUCACCAUCCGCCUUCUACUUUUGAAGAUGUUGUGGAGAUGCUGAGUGAUACGUCGCAUCCUGAACAAAAAGUUUUCAGAGACCAACCAAAUGAUUAUGUUAAAACUAUUGCAGUUGGAAUAUUUGACUGCAAGAAGAAGACUUGGAGUCUUUACUCUGAUAACCCAAAACACAAUGAACCAUUGGUUGUACUUCCAUUAGUUUUGAAGAAUUCAAAAACUAAUUAAUAGCCUUGAGUUUGGAUCACAUCCAUUACUUUUCCAUCAAUGAUGUGAUAUGUAUGACUUAAUUAUAUCUAUACGCUAUAAUGAAAUAUCUCAUACUUAUUCCAGAUAUUUUUCAGUGAAAAAUUUGCAAAAAUCCAAUACAAAUUUAAUUUUCAUUAUUCAUUUCAUAUUCAUUAAUUAUUGCAAAUAUUAUGUGUUCUCAAGUAUUAUGAGAAUUGUGAUGUUAAAUUUGAAUGUAUAUAACAUGUAGGUAUGUGUAAAAAUGUCUAGAUUGAAUAAAUAAUGUUCAUGACCUGGAGAUUUAGUCAUGAGUAUCAGAAUCAGA